GAACUCGACUUAUCAAUUACCAAAGAUUUAGAACUCGAUUCCACCGCAAAAAUAAUCACGAUAAAUAAUACAACCUCCGAAAAAUCUGCCGGCAACAAAUCCGUCAAAGAACCCGUGAUUUCGUUAACCCAUAACACCGAUAAAGAACCCGACACCGCCGCAGGAAUAGGUAGAACACCAUAUAAAUCUUCGGAAAUCACGUCCGUCCAGGAACUCGUUUUAUCAAUCUUCAAUGAUUUAGUAUUCGAUUCCGCCGCAAUAAAAUUCUCCUUCCAAGAACCCGCAAUUUCAAUAUUUGAACUCAUUGAUAUCAGAGAACAUGAUAUUAAGGAAGAAAACAAUCAAAACCCAGAUAUAUCUUCCGAAAUCACGUCCGUCCAGGAACUGGUCUUAUCAAUCACCAAUGAUUUAGAACCCGAUUCCGCCGCAAAAAAAAUCACGAUAAUAAAUACCACAUCCGAAAAAUCUGCCGACAUUACAUCCGUCAAUGAACCCGUGAUUUCGUUUACCUAUAAGAACGAUAUAGAACCCGACACUUCCACAGGAAUAGUUCGAACACCAGAUAUAUCUUCUGAAAUCACGUGCGUCCGGGAACCCGACUUUUCAAUAAUUGAAACUGUUGAUAUCAUAGAACAUGAUAUUGACGAAGAAAACAAUCAAAAACCA